AUGGAUAGAUAUGGACAUAAUGUAAGAUCGGAUGUAAAAAAACAAGGAUAUGAAAAUUCUGAUUUGCCAAUAUUAUGUGAAACUUGUUUAGGAGAAAAUCCUUAUGUUAGAAUAAUAAGAGAAGAGAAUGGAAAAGAAUGUCAAAUUUGUAAAAAUGCAUUUACUUUAUUUCGAUGGAAACCUGGUCAUAAUGCAAGAUAUAAACAAACAAUAAUAUGUAAUAAAUGUGCAAAAGUAAAAAAUGUAUGUCAAACAUGUUUAUUUGAUUUAGAAUAUAAUUUACCUGUACAAGUCAGGGAUAAAUUCCUUGAAACAAGUAUUACCUUGCCAGAAAAUGAAACGAAUAGAAAUUUUUUUUUAGAACAGCUAGAAAAAAAUAUAUCUACAGAUACGUAUGACAAAAUUAAUCAUGGAAAUAUGGAUUUAUCAAAAUUAAAAAGAAGAGAUCCAUAUUUUAAAAGAAAUAUGGCAAGAGUGUGUAGUUUUUGGCGGAAAAAUGCAUGUAAUCGUGGAGAUGAAUGUCCAUAUUUACAUAAAGAAAUUCAUUUGAAUAAAUCACUAGCUAACCAAAGUAUUAAAAGUAGAUAUACAGGUGAAAAUGAUGUAUUAGCAGAAAGUAUAUUAAAUAGAUAUAAAAAUAAGAAUAAUGAUGAAAAAAAUAUGGCUAAUAAAAUAUGUAUACAAGGUAUUAGUGAUUCAAUAAGAGUUGAAAAUGUUAAAGAAUGUUUUAAAAAAUUUGGAGAAAUUAAAUCAUUUAAAAUGAUACCAAAAGAUUCUAAAAUUUUUAUUUCAUAUGCUACAUUAACAGCUGCAAAAAAUGCAGCUGAAAAAUAUAAAGAUGGUCUAGAAUUAAAUGGAUGUAAUUUAACAGUAACAUUACAACAAGACAAUAUUAAUAAUAAUAUUUGGCCUUCUCCACCUUUUGGUCAAUUUAAUCCAUACCCUCCUAAUUUUAAUCACAAUAAUAAUAAAUUUCCAAAAAAUAAAAAUUUUAAAUCUCAUAAUCCUCCUCCCCCCAAUUCUCAACCAAACAUGAUGACUACUGUACCCCCUAUGUAUUUUCCUUAUAACAAUCCUAACUUUAAUUCAAUACCGCCAAACGCAGUUCCAUAUGCGUCUAUGCUCCCUUCUGAAGCAGAGCAGAGGAAGUAA